AUGGACACCGAUAUGACCAACGCCGACGGGAGCCCUUUCGACCCGUAUGGACCAACCGUGCCCUCACGAGCCCCCCCUGGAAUAUCUCCCACUCACCAGGUGCCUUCGUCUUCUGGAUUCCAAGCCACCCCUUCAACUUCCCAACAGGGACAAGCCGACCCGACCACCCUCGAGACAGUCGUCCCCCUCGAGCUCUUCCAAAACAUCGGAGGGGCGGGAGUCGAAAAGCCCCCGAAGUAUGGAGGGCAAAGGGAGAACGACGCCGCUCGAGUCUGGCUAAUCGGGAUGGAAAGAUGGCUUUGGGCCAAGGAAAUCCUUCUGCGAAGAAACCUUACGGGCCCCGAAAGGAUUGCUCUAACAACUUCUUACCUCGAAAAGGCCGCUGCCGCGUGGUGGAACCUAACUUACAUUCACAACGUAGACCACCAAGGGCACCAGCUUCGGAUCCAGUCCUGGGCCGAAUGGAAGAACACCUUCCUCAGUCAAUUCGGCGACGUCAGGACCCAAGACCAACGGCGAGACGAGUUCGACUCGCUUCGGCAGACAGGUACCGUCCAAGCGUUUCGACAGGCCAUUGAAUCUCGACGUCUUUACCUUGAGCCGCGUCCUUCUGACGCCGAUUGCUUGCUUGUCUUCAAACGUGGCCUGAAAACGUCUAUCCGGAACCGUAUCGAAAUCCUUCCUGACUCGAUUGUGCCAGGGACUUACACUAAGUAUGUGGAAUUCGCCGAUAAAAGCGAACGAGAGAUGCUUGCCACCUCUAACCGCGUUCCCUUUUUCAAGCCCCGCUAUGGAAAACCGGCGACUUCGACAACCAAUAGUCCCUCUCACGCACGCAAUUCAGCAGCACCUCGACGUGACCACGAUGGUGACGUCGAAAUGACCCUCAAUGGUAUGCGUACCCGGCCGAAAUCGAACAACGCCGCCAGUGGGCAAAAGACCCCGGGCAAAACACCUCCUUCCCGUCAAAAGUGUCGGGAAGAGAAUCUCUGCUUCGAUUGCGGCGAGCCCGGCCAUCAGAGGAAAGACUGUCCGAAAGCUAAUCAGUCGACCCGUCGAGGACAUAGGGGAAAAGGGAAGGGUCGUCAAGCAUAG